ACACUUGCACAUCUAAAAAAAAAAAUAGCUAGUGAGAAUCUUAGAUGAGUACAUUUUCAUUUCUCAUCACCUUCCUCCUAAAUAUUCUCUCUCAUAGAAAAUUCAUCAUAUAAUACUCCAUAAUUCUCUUCAUCUCCAUAUCUCUUCUUGCAUGAAGAUCCAAAGCCAAAACUAAGAAUUACUUCAACACUAAGUUGAUCAAAUACAAGAUUCUUGAUUUUUUUUUUUAAUCAUUUGUUUAUCAAUUAUGGGGUUGAGUACUAAGUUGGUUUCAAUUGAUGAUCAUGGGCUAGAUAAUUGGACCCCCAGCAGCCAGAAUUCUCUACCGGAACCACCGUCGAUAAGGCAGCAGCCGCCACCGAAACUGGAGCCAUUGAAGUGUCCAAGGUGUGACUCAAUCAAUACUAAAUUUUGUUACUACAACAAUUACAACAAAUCACAGCCUCGCCAUUAUUGUAAAGGUUGUAAAAGGCAUUGGACUGAAGGUGGUACCCUUCGUAAUGUUCCGGUAGGUGGUGGCCGAAAAAAUAAGCGGCUGAGGACUGAUCCCGUUGAUCAUAUAACUGAAAGAAAACAUGUUAGGUUAGAAGUAAACGAUCAGAGGUGUCCUCUAAUCAGCACGACUACGAGUUCCAUGCCAAAUGUCAACAUAAGAGGAAAUAGUACUAUUAUUAGUACUACUAUGGAUGAAGAGAUCAAAAAAGAAAAUGAUGGUAUUUUCUAUGAGACACUAAAUCUUCCUUCAUCAUCAUCACUACCAUAUGACAUAUUUUCAAGUUUAAAAUUAUCAAUUCCUCAAGAUGGAAGCACACAUUUUUCUUUCUCUUAUGAUAGUGUUCCAUGUUCUCUAAUUCCAAAUUUUAGUACUACUCAAUUAUCUUCAAAUAUUUAUAAUGAGUAUUAUUUGGGGAAAGUUGAUAGUACAAUGGAGGAGUCAACAAUAACUACAGCCAUGCCAAUUACAAGCAGCAAUGAUGUCCUUUCUCAUCAGCCAUGGAAAAUUCCAGAAACAAGCAAUGAUCUUGCUAACGAAAAUAUGUCAAGUAAUUAUUGGAAUUGGAACGAGUUCGACACGUUGGGCACUGCAGCUGAUCUCAAUAUACAAUGGGAUGAUUUAGAGAUCAAACCAUAAGAGGAUCAUGAGAAAUGACCAUCUUAUUAGAAGAGUUUGUCUAUAAUAUUGAUCUGUUCAAGGUUUUGUUUUAUGUAGAUUUCAUGCUCGCUAUUGUUCAAGUCUUGUUAAUUAGUAUUAAUGUUACCAUUAGCCUUUUUCCCCUCAAAAAUGUAUAUGCCAUAUCAUCUCUUUACACCAUUAGUGUAUUUUAAUCAAUUAUAACAUGAAAUAUGGCUUAUUUUUCA